CAAGAUGGCCGUCAAGUAGGAAGUGUCCUGCUUUUCAUAGGAAUACUUAUAAAAUGGGAAGCGGCAGUUCCAAAAAGGCCAAAGUUCAAAGUAAGGAAGUUGAUGGAGCUAAAACGAAGGGGAAGAAGAAUGCAAGGCGGAAGUCAAAUGUCAAAAAGUCUGUUGAUAAACCGGAAACUGCGCGACAGCCGCCAAAAGGUUUGCGGAAACAUGUGACAGACAGACGAAAAUCUGAUGAAGUGACGAGACAAAUUGUUGCGCUAGAAGCAGAAAACCUUCUGUUAGAAGGAGUCUGGGAACUAGAAAAAGGAGUUGACAAUGAAAUUAAGCCUACUGAUGUGUCGUACCCGGCACCUCGUCCCGGGAAACCAGUCACCGACACGUCAACUUUCAGCGUCGUAGAUUUCGAAGUGAUCAUGAACAAUAUGAAUGAAUCUGAAGUAGCAUCGGGGACCUUUGAAGAAGUAGCGACACGUCUUACACGUGAAUAUACGCCCGAGAUUUUAAAGGUUCGAGCAUUGGCCACAUGGAUGAGCUGUCAGAAGAUUCGAACUCGGCAGUACGGCAAUGAGGCGAAACCGGGAACUGUGCUGGGCUAUAUGAAGCAGAUAAAAGACUUACAAGGAACGUUUGCAGGUUUACUCACACUUUUAUGCAGGGCCAUAGAAAUACCAUGUGUGAUUGUCAAAGGCGUUUAUAAGUCGCACUGUCACCUAGUGGGAGAGGAUGACGUCGUUGAUUCUAAAUGCACGUGGAAUGCCGUACACGUGGACGGCAACUGGCAACUCGUGCAUCCCUAUCUGAUGUGUACACCAUUAGCAACACAGACAUGCAAAGAUAACUGGACAUUGGUGGAGACAUCAGUAGAGGCACAGGGCCCUAAAUCCGGAGCUGUUCUCAACACGUUCUUUUUCGCGCCCAAGCCUUCAGACUUUAUUUAUUUCUGUCUACCGGAUGAAUCCAUGAGUUAUUGGCAGUUAACUGAAACAAACUCACGAUAUACACACUUUCUGAAAGCUCCCUUCCUCCGCCCGGCUUUCUUUUCCUCCAGAAUGCAACUUAAAAGCGAGCAUAAAUCCGUUCUUCUUUCAGAGGCGGGAAAAUGUAACAUUAAGAUUCAGUGUCACCAAGAAAAUGUGAACGACAUAUCGAUAAUGUAUGAAUUAUACUCCAAUGACACAGAGUUUGAGCGACAGGAGGAGUGGGGAGAUUUAGUGUUGUGUGGCCGCAAUGAGGAUACUUGGAAUAUACAGAUAAAAUUCCCGGUAGACGGCACUUUCAAAAUAUCUCUGUUUGCUAAACUAGAGGACUGGUUCUUCUGGAUAGGCGAUUUCAAGAUUGUGUGUGACGUACCUCUCUCAGACUAUGUUCCGACGCCGGCUGUACCUCGAGGCAUUGGCUACGGUCCCUGCACAGUAACCGAGGAGGCGGGACUACUGUCACCAUCACAUGAGGGUGGAAUAGUUUUCUACAAACCAAAAGAGGAGCACGUGAUCAAAUUUCUGAAUAACGAGAAAUUGUUACUAAGUCACGAAAUUGAACAGACGGGGAAAGAGAGUGAAUACUUACACCGUUAUUGUAAGAUGGUGAUACGUAAAAGUGAAGUAGACUUUGUAAUAAAUCUGCCGUCGUCGGGAGAAUAUGCUCUUCGUAUUUACAAAGUAGAUGAGCUGGGUGAACGGCACAAUGUUUGCAAUUACCUGUUCACAGAUUCUGACGAAGGCAGGAAAAGAGAGAAUGUAUUCCAAAGGAAAGCACGCGUGAAAUUGCGACAGAUGACGGCAGAACACGACAUUGAGGCUCUAGAAAGUGCCAUACAGAAAUUCAGCAACGUCAGACUCCCGCAUGAUGACGACUACCUACGGGGCAUGAGACGGUUAAAGUACCUUAAACUAAAGAAAGGUUUACGUGACGGCAGAAUGAGACGCCAUGAGGAGACGCUGUGUAAAGCUGUUGACGAUGCAGAGGACUCUAGAUUCCAGGCUGCACUGCAGCCAAACAUCCAGAAAGCUAGGGACAUCCUAGAAUCUCUCCGGUCACUAGAUAUACAUUGCCAUCCUGUGCUGGAAAUGGACCAGAAAACUAUCUCCGAGAUAGCAAAUUUUACAAAACCUCCGCGUGAUGUCCAUAACACAAUGAUUGCAACAUACUUACUGCUUGGAGAAGAAAAACCUUUUCUACAAAAGUGGGGUAAUAUACAGGCCCUGUUACGGCGACAAGGUAAGGAAGGCAUCAAGCAAAGAGUGAACCAGUUCCGGGAUGGUCCCAUGCCAAACAAGACAACACUUCAGCAAGUGCAGAAAUUACACGACAGCGUCCCCAAGACAUAUAUUGUUUCAGCAAGUCUCAGUGCUGCAGCCUUCUAUGAUUGGGUGUCGGGUGUAUUAUCAUACCUCAAUAACAGUUCCCAGAAUGCAACAGACCCAGAUGAUUCAUUUGAAGCAGACAUCCUGUAUGACCAGUAUGAUGACAGAAAAUCCAAGGAGUUGGAGGAUGGAAAUAUUUCGCAGGAUGAAGGCUUUCUGGACAGUCAGGAUAUAGAAACUAGCACAAGAACAAAUACUGCCAUCCAAUAG